GUCUCCACAGUGAGGCUUUCAGUGCCUAUUGGCAUCGGUGGGACACCGCUGAUCAUCCGCACCAGCUUGAUCAAGGAGGAAGACGGUGCGCCCAACAUGCAGGCGAUCAUUGACUUGGGUUGCAAUGUCCUGCACCUGCCGACCAUCCAGCAAGAUGUUCCAUUGCGUGUAGAUGUCACUGGCCAAUUGGUCAUUGCAGUGGACGAGUACCCAGCCACAGGCUGGCCACCUGGUCUCAUGACCCGCGUCGACCUGUAUCCUGGUGCCAUUUUCACCAACCGUGUACAAAGGCACCAACACCGAGAUGCCAAAAGCUUCGCAGCAAGAGCAGCCAAAAGUUGCAGCUGGCCGCAACUCCAAAGUGGA